AUGUCCAGGUGUUAAAUAUAAAUAUGAAAACUUUAGAUUAAAUAAAAAAUGAAUCAUAAAAUAAACAGCAUGUACAAAUAUUUUUUGUAUUACAAAUAGAAACAAGGCAGGUUGUGAUAGUUGUUCCAAUAUGUUUAUGUAGGUUCAGAGCAGAGUAGCUGACCAGUGAGGUUCACCAUGUUCAUUAAAGAGACAUUCUGUCUCUGUAGCGCCGACCAAAAGGUACAAUUCCUAAAAGUUUGUGUCCAGGGUGUGUGGGGUCUGAAGAGAUGUUAGCGGCCCUUUUCCUGACCUUUGACCUGUACAAGAACUGAACGGAGAGAAGGUCAGCCCUAAUGAUCCUUUCUGAUUGUUGCUCUCUGGACCGGUUCUGUUCUGUUGAUGAGCCAAAUCACCAAGCCUUCUUCUGAACAGUGACUAUGUGACACAGUGUUCAAGAUGGUGAGGGGUGGGCUGGGGGCUGGGGGGGUCUGUUAGUCCAGGAAACCAGCUGAUCCACCUCCCAUCUACAUGCAGACUCAUCACUGUCCAAGGUCACACCAAUAACAGUGGUGCCAUCUGCAAACUUCAGGAGCUUCACAUGGGUCACUGAGGUCCUGUCAUCCGAGUACAGAGAGAAGAAGAGUUGGAGGUUCUGGUGGUUCUGGAGGUUCUGGGGGUUCUGGUGCUGGUUGUUCUUAAGGGUGAAAAGAUAAAAAGGAAAAAGAAAGCAUGAAAGAAAAAAAGAUAGAGAAGAAAGAAAGAAAGAAAAAAAUGGAAGAGAAGAAAAAGAAAGCAAUCGAUGACAUAACCACCUUAACCAGCAGAUGGCGGUGUUGCAAACGCAAACUUCCCGGAAAAAAAUCGAAGCAGAAGGAACUGACGGACCACAGGAGCUCGGCUGGAAUUAGCAUCACCAUCAUGUCUCGGUGACCGAGUCCGUGUACCAGGGACAGCAUCCUGAGAGGGGCCUUUCUGUUCCGAAACGGGAUCCUUAAGAUGGCAGGCGAGGAGGAGAGGGGAGUGGUUCGAGUUAAAGUCAAGAAAUGCGAUGGGGCACUUCCUGCGGAGUCUCGCUCCUUUGCUGUUGAUCCUCAGAUAACGUCACUGGAGGUCCUGCAGCAUAUCCUCAUCAGAGCCUUCGAACUCAAUGGGAAGCGGAAUUUCAGUGUCAGCUACUUGUCUCGAGAUCGAAGCAGCGUGGAGAUGUACCUGUCUCUGCUGUCUGACUGGGAUCUGGACAUUGCAUUUAUGAGUGCAGCCAAGCCGUUCCUGCAGCUCAAGAUGGAUGUGAAGCCUUCUGAGGACAGUCCAGUAAUGGAAGACUGGGACAUCAUAAGCCCAAAAGAUGUGAUUGGUUCAGAGCUGCUGCUUGGAGAAAGGACCAGGUCUUUGGCUUCUGCAGCCCUUCCCUUCACUCAGUCUCUGCUGUCCCAAGUGGGACGGACCCUGUCCCGAGUCCAGCAGGCCUUCACCUGGUCUUAUGGAGAGGAGAUCAAGCCUUUCAAACCUCCACUUAGUGAUUCAGAGUUUCACAGCUACCUUAACGGACAGGGCCAGCUGACUCGGCCUGAAGAACUCCGACUGCGGAUCUACCACGGUGGCGUGGAGCCGUCGCUGCGAAAGGUGGUUUGGCGGUACCUCCUUAAUGUGUACCCCGAUGGACUGAGCGGUCAAGAGAGAAUGGACUACAUGAAGAAGAAGACGAGGGAAUACGAGCAACUAAAGAGGGAGUGGACAGCCAGGGCCAACCACGAGGACCUGGAGUUUAUCCGUGGGAAUGUCCUCAAGGACGUCCUGAGGACAGACCGGGCUCAUCCGUACUACGCAGGCUCAGAAGACAGUCCGCACCUGACUGCCCUAACAGACCUGCUCACCACAUUUGCCAUCACACAUCCUCAGAUUUCCUACUGCCAAGGCAUGAGCGACAUAGCCUCACCUAUACUUGCAGUAAUGGACAACGAAGCACACACCUUCAUUUGUUUUUGUGGCAUUAUGAAACGCUUAGAGGGAAACUUUCGGCCAGACGGGCAGCUGAUGUCCAUUAAGUUCCAGCACCUGAAGCUGCUUCUGCAGUACUCUGAUCCUGAGUUCUACGUCUAUCUGGUGUCCCGGGGAGCCGACGACCUCUUUUUUUGUUAUCGGUGGCUUCUCCUGGAGCUCAAGCGAGAGUUUGCAUUUGAUGACGCUUUGAGGAUGCUGGAGGUAACCUGGAGCUCCCUGCCCCCAGAUCCUCCAGAAACCGAGGUGGAACUUGUGGGGCCACUGCUAGAGGGAGAAGAAACAACAUCGUGCAAAGACGAGGCUGUUAACGGCCUUAAAGACGAGGCGGUGCAAAAAGAGAAGCAGCGUAGACGACAUAUGCUGAGGCCAUCCAGAGAGGAAACGGAUAUGAGCAGGAAUCCCAUCAUUGAAGGGAAGGCCGAUCAAACUGUAGGCUCUGGUGUAGAAAUGGAGGGCGUUGAAGAUGGUCAUUCUGAAGAAAUGUCAAAGAAGUCAAAUUUGCAGGGUCAUUUCUUCCAGAGACAACUCAGUUUUGGGGAGUUUAAAUACUACACAGCUCGAAGUCAAUGCAGCUUUGAUAAGGAGGAUCAAGAGCAGCCUCAGAGUUCGGUGACUUCGGAAGCAAACAACCCAAGGCGGCAGUCAACAGUUGACAGCGAGGACGACCCCGGAGAAAGAACACCUCUCAUUACAAACUCUGACUACGGUUUGUCUCCAAUAACUUCACACGCUCACUUCACUGGAGGACUUCCAGUCUGGAAAACUGGCUCAUCCGUCUCUCCCACACCUUCCCCUAUAAACUCCAGCUGGCCAGGAGUUUCUCCGGACUUUCCUCUAGUGUCUACAGCUUCAUCUGCAGCCAAUUUAAGUGAGACCUCACCAAGAACUGGCUCUAAAGUAUCAGCCUCUUCAGCACAAGGUAUUAGCUCUCCAACCGGUACUUCUAAAACAUCAGCCGCGUCUCCUCCCCCUCAGAAUAGAUCCGUUCUCUCCUCACCCAUUUUGUCGUUUGGCGGAGGCUCCUCGGCGAACAACCUCCCCUCGCCUGGCAACAAAUCCCCCAGCACCAAAGCGAACACACCAAGCUCUUUAAAAGCUGAAAGCACCAGCAUCAAGCCCUGCUCUUUGCCGCCUCCUCAUGAGUUCGGCAAAGGGAACCCCUUCAUGCUGUUCUUGUGCCUGUCCAUCUUGUUGGAGCACCGGGACCACAUCAUGAAGAACAACAUGGACUACAAUGAGAUCGCCAUGCACUUUGAUCGCCUGGUGCGACGCCACAACCUCAGCAGGGUGCUGCAGAGAGCCAAGGCCUUGUUUGCAGACUAUUUACAGAGCGAAGUCUGGGACUCGGAAGAAGGGGACGAGGUCAGCUCAGAUUCCCCGACAACAGCGGCCCCACAAUCCCCCUCUUCAACCAUCUCCGCCAGACCCAUCUACAGCCCGCUUGCCUCGCCUCCAUCAUCACCUAACUCGACUUACAACCUGGCCACCACCAUUCCCUCCCCUUCAGCUCAAGUCUCCCUUUCCUCUGUGUCCUGAUUCCCUCCUGCAUCACUGGAUUUUCAAUGGAUUUCUCAGAUGACUCUUGGUAACCUAUUGGAGAUCUUUUUCUAACAGCCCCUUCCCUCCUGUUGAAUUGGCCUGUCACCAAUCUGCCCAUGCUAUUGUAUGCCUGAUUACAUGUAUUCCCUAUAUCUGUCUGCAUCAUAAUGUUUCAUCUUUCUCUCUGAUCUGUCUGAAAUAUGGACUCAGACAGCUUCGUUGGCGGCUGUUUCCUCACAGGCUGUUCAAGCAUGAAAUACCCAUUCAGUUCUUCUGCAUUCGGUAACUGAAUGGUUGAUCUGCUCUCUUCUUUGUAGCUUUGCUUACAAGUUCAGUUGCAGUCAUCUCAGAAGUGUCUCACCUGGAACCCUAAUCAAAGUCACCAGAGAAUAUCCACAAUCUGGCCUCAUUAAACACAAAACUUUUGUCUGUUCCUCUUAAAAAAGAAAACUUUCAUGCCUUAUACCCUCUGUCUUUUUUUGAUACGUAUCCAAGCUGCUGUACUUUUGGUUUUGAUAGCUCUCUGCAUUGGGUCGAACUCAUAGGCUGUAUGCAAAAAAUGGACGUAGCCACUGUGAUGUCAACCAUUGCUUUGUAUGUAUUAUUUUAAUUCUAUUUCUACAUUAUGGGGGCGGCAGGAUAUCAGGAACACAUGCAAUUUGAUAUACAAUAAAUUAAUGUCUAUUAAGACUGACUCAA